AUGGCGUCUCGAGCUGCCCAAAUAGCUGGUCAUUUGAACUACCCUAAAGGACUUCUUGCUGGUCAAGUAGCUAUUAUUACAGGCUCCGGGCAAGGCAUCGGCGCAGAAGCCGCUCGUUUAUUUGCAAACGAGGGUGCUAAGGUCGUUGUUUCUGAUAUCGAUGGCGCAAAAGCAAAGAGCGUCGCAGACGCAAUCAAUCAGAAUGGCGGCAGUGCUAUUGCUGUAGCAGGAGACAUGCUUGACUCCGAAUAUCUAAAGGAGUUGGUCAAGAAGGCCGCCGCAUUUGGGAACGGGAAAAUCCAUAUCAUAGUCAAUAACGCAGGCUAUACUUGGGAUGGUGUGAUACAUAAAAUGACCGACAAGCAAUGGGACAACAUCAUCGCACUCCACAACACUGCGCCAUUCAAACUUGUCCGAGAAGCAGCUCCCUUCUUCCGAGUCACUGACGGCGAGCCGCGGUCGAUAGUCAACAUUUCUUCCACCUCUGGUGUCCACGGGAACGCAGGGCAAGCGAAUUAUGGUUUGGCGAAAUCAGGAAUCAACGGUUUAACUAAGGUCAUAGCGAAGGAAUGGGGUCCAAAGUUUGGAGUCCGCUGCAACUCAAUUGCUUUCGGUCAUAUACUGACUCGGUUAACCGCUGCUAAAGAGGAAGGUGCUUUUGUCACCACCCCUGACGGAGAAAAGAUUGCCUUGGGUAUACCGACUGGGCAGGGUGCCAAAUCUGAGAAUGCGAAUUUGGAUAUUCCACUGCGAAGAGCAGGUACAGCAACAGAAGCGGCUAGCAGCAUUUUAGCUCUUGCAAGUCCUCUGUGCAGCUAUAUCACUGGACAAGUAAUAAUGGUAACGGGUGGGCGAAACAUGUGGCAGAUUUGCAGAUUUCGUUUCUAUUUACUGUUCAGACACACUCGUAUUUGGGUCGACCGGAGAAAUUUGACUACAAAUUGCGAGUACUUUGGUAUCAGGUACAUUAAAGCCGAGGGAAAGAGACUUCAGAAGUUCAGUGCCUAUCCAAAGGAUGUUUGUGCAUUUUGA